UCAGGUGUGUGUCUGCUUACCGCUGCGGUACCGCCCAUUUUCACCCAUAUGCGGAAAUCGAGAUUGGCAACUUUUUAAGUUUUCAUUUGGGGCGUUGUGUUGUCAUUCCUCCCCCUCCUGAAAAUCGGUUAACGCGAUGUUGUCGGCACCGCUUUGUGGACUCGGCACCGUUAUCGGCGGUUAACUUAGAUGUGCUGUAGCCGCCUGAAGCUGCCAGGUGAAGCGGCUCAAGUAAACCAUAACAAACCCAGUAUUUACACGCGGAAGCGAUCGCUCUCUUUUAUCCCGGCUGUCUCUACGACACCGUCAACCUGGGUUUAAAAAAACAACGAUUUCGGGUGGUUGCGCAGCACUUCUUCCCGAUGACUAAUUAGGGCCAACAGGGGUACCUUGUGGGCCGGUUAACAUCUUCCAGCCAUGACCACCGACAAACCCACGUCGCGUGCGCACGGCUCCGUGGGGGGGGCGAAUGUCCCGCGACACCUGCCGGGUCUGGGGGUCAAUCCUGCAGCGGUGGCUUACUCCGCCACCACCCUCGGAGCCGGCAUGAUGAACAGUAUAUUCAGCUUCUACUAUGUCAAACUCUUCCUCAAUAAGUACAAGAUAUCAGAGGGAGCUUUUCACCGGUCACAGGUCGUGUACAUGUUGUGGAACGCAGUGAACGACCCUCUCUUUGGCUACCUGCAAGAUAACUCCCGUGUGCCAUGCUGCUCCCAGCGCCGCCUCUCCAUUCUGUACGGAGCUCCCCUGUACUCCCUAGCUUUCCUGCUUGCCUGGUUCCCGUGGCGUGCCUACACCCCGGAUGACUGGCUGAGUGGCCUUCAGCUGAUGGUGGCACUGUGCGCUUUUGAUGGCAUGCUGACCUUUGUGCUGCUGGCACAGUGUGCUCUCUUUGCUGAGAUUUCCGGGCACCAUCAGAGCCGUCUAAGACUCAUCAAGUACAACCAGGUGGCUUCUCUCAUCGGUUCCUCCAGCGUGCUCUUCUGUGGCAUCCUUUCCGGAAACAUGGAGGACUUUGCAGCCUUCCAAGGGUUCACGGUGUUAAUAGCUCUCCUGGCCUGUGGCUGCAUGCUCUAUACGGGCUUCCACGUCGAGAGCCGCUUUGAUAACAAAGGAUCUGCACUAACUUCAUCUGGUUCUGGUGACCAGGCAUCCAGCCAUCCAGCGCUGUCCCUCUCCUCGAUUAGAUCAUUGACAUGGCAGAUCCUGACCAACAAGGACUUUCAGCGCUUUGUGCUCAUGAACUUCUUUCAGGUCUUCAUGGUGGCUUUCUUCAAUAACUUCACCAUGAUAUUUGCUGAGCACCUAAUUCCUCCAGAUGUGCUACCGUCGCUGGCUAAGAGCUUCAUGUAUGGAGCUGGAUUCAUCUGUCCACAGAUGUUAGUGUUGUGUAGUCAGAACCUGCUUCAUGGUCUUGGCUACUACAAGAUCAUCCUCUUCACUUUCUACGUGGAGACUGGAAUGGCUGCAGUAAUGCUGGCUCUGGGUCCUCACCACUACUACAUCCUAGCAUUUUUCCUCAUCACUAACAUGGUCAUUAUUCAGGCAGCCUUCAGUCUAUUUAAUCUGCCACUGGCUGACAUCAUCGAUUCUGACUUGCAGAAAUACAAGCGCAGCUCCCCUCUUUCCUCGAUGGUCUUUGGAACAAACGCUUUGUUCACCAAGCCAGCUCAGUCGUUGGCUCCUAUGCUAGUGGUUACCAUCCUCAACCAGUUUGGCUAUGAAGAACUGCAGGCGAUAGGGAGGAGUUCAAAUUCAAGCGCCCUGCAGAGCCUUCACGCAGCCAUGUUCUACUUGGUGUGUCUGGUGCCCUUGUUUGUCUCGGCCGUUCAAGUCCUGGCCUGGAAACCUUUCUCCAUUCGCAACAGUCACACUGUUGACACGAAGUAUAUCGACGGCUGAUUCGCUGAACUUCCUGUUGGUAUAUCAAACAAGCCGGCGCCGGCUCGACUUGAUGCGCGAAUAGCUGCCCUCCCUUGGUGGAGUUGUAGGAGAGAGUUGUUUUUUUCAUCACUGUUUCAAAUCAACUUUUCCUUUCAGUUUGAUUUUUGGGAAAUAAGUUUCUUAUGUUUGUAAAAGGGGGUAUAAUUGUAUAAUGAAGGGAUGAAAUGUAUUGAUUUUUUAAAAAAAUUUUAUUACCAUAAUAUCUGAAGAUUGUUCUGUGAGUCAUAAAAAAUUACAGAAUCAUUCUUUUCCAUACUAGCUGAACUGUGAUGAAAAUGCUUCAUACAAAUGAUGUUCUUCAACCAGCCGGUGCCUCUCAUGAAGCAGUAAACCCAAAACAGCUCAGGUCACAGUUUAAUGUGAAAACUGCAAGACUUCCAGAGAAACAUUACCUCUGGUAAGUCCAAGAUCGCUUCAAGUCACUUUUAAAGUUAACUUUAUAUAUAUAUAUAUAUUUUACAUUUUAAGAGCAAGUCACUCCAACAGCAUGCACUGGAAGUUAACAUAAAACAAAGACAUUUCUUUUUCCUUUGUAAGUAUCUGAAUAUGUUGUGGGCUGCGUUGUGUGUGAUGCUGAUGUGCCUUUUUUCCUGUUGUGUCACCGACACAUGGGUCAGAUCACUCUGAAUGAGGACAUUUACUCACUGUCUACAUUUCGCUCAUUGCGUUACCAGUGUACAAACCCACCCACAGCAUCUGUUUUGUACUUCUGAUAGUUGAUCGGCUGUUCAUUCGGUGCUUUAGAGCCAAAGCAGCGUCCCGGGCUGGUGGAGUUUUACCCUCUCUGGGUGGCGUGAGGUUCAGCCUGGCGUCGUCCAGAGAGGACUGUUUAACUAACCCAUGGUACUGAACCGCUUUAUUAUUACCACUGAUGCCCUGCAGGGGUCUGCACUUGUUAUCGGUCAGUAAGCUGCAGCUGUAUUAUGCAUAUUAUGCAUACUAGUUUUUCUCAAUUCCAACAAUUUUCCGUGCUUUAAACAUGAAAUCAAAUGGCAGUUAUCUAUGAAUCUCAAAAAGUGUGCCUCCUUGCUCGCCUGCAAGUGUUUUGAAUUGUUAAGAUUAAAAAAAUGGCUUAUUAAUCGUCGUCGUUAUUACUGUAUUAGCUGUUUUUGAUGUUGCCCAGAUGGAUAUGAAGUGGAGCUGCUCUGUGUUUUGAGUAAAAAAAAAUAAAAAAACAAAAUAUCGCCAUCUAUAGAGAUCUUAAUUCUCCAAAAGCUUGCCUGUUUUACCCCUAAAACAAAGGGGACCAGCUAUCAACACGGGGAUCGCCGGUUUGAAUCCCCGCGUUACCUACGGCUUGCUCGGGCGUCCCUACAGACACAAUUAAUUGGCCGUGUCCGCGCGUGGGAAGCCGGAUGUGGGUGUGUGUCCUGGUCGCUGCACUAGCG